AUGAAGCGUGAUACAGUGAUGAAGAACAGCUCAGUAAAGUUGUAUUACCAACAUGUUACAAAUACAGAGUUGGUAGUCGGAACAAUCCCAGACUCAAUCACUGAUUUGUCAUUUGGACCAGAUUAUAACAAGCCCAUCAACUACAUUGGAUUACUGCCUGAGCAUCUCACCAGUCUUCAAUUUGGACGCGACUUUAACAAGCCGUUGGAAGCAUUCCAUCUCCCUCAAUCCAUCACCACGCUCAUAUUAGGACCUGGCUUCAAACGGUCCAUUGAGCAAGGGGUUAUACCAAGCUCAUUGACCAAACUGAGCUUCGUCCCCAACACAGAAUGUAUUAUCAAGCCUGGAUCACUGCCCGAGUCGCUCAGAUCAUUGCAGUACUGGCACGAGCCUGUGAAUCCCUACACGUCCCUACCAUCCUCACUCACAGAGUUAUGGUUCGCCCCACAGUUCAACAGUGCUCUGCCAACAGGAUGGUUACCAGCGUCUCUAAAGGAGCUCCACUUUGGACAAAGGUUUAAUCAGGUGAUCGAUUAUGGUGUCCUUCCUUCAUCGAUAACCAGGCUUACUUUUGGAAGUGGAUUCAGUCAGUCGAUCAAUCCAGGGAUGCUCCCUCAAUCCCUGACCGCGGUGACCUUUAAUGGACACCCAACUAUCACACAAAUGGACUCAUUGCCACAAUCAGUCGUGACACUUGAGGUGGGAGGCAUUACAAGACUAUCCAUCAAACAGUUGCCAUCGACUAUCAAGAGCGUGGCAUUCAUUGAUCAGUUCAACCAGGCCCUGCCCCCGGGCCUCCUAUGCGAGGGCCUAACCAAGCUCACUUUCGGAGCAUUCUUCAAACAAGACAUUGUACCGGGUAUGCUGCCAUCAUCAAUCACUGAGCUCUACCUUGGAUUCUUCUAUGAGCGUAUGAUCAAGCCUGGAAUGAUUCCAACAUCUCUUCAAAAGCUGGUAUUGGGUCCCAAGUUCAACAAUGAGAUCAAGAGAUUCGCUCUGCCCGACUCACUGACCGCGCUGGUCUUCUCAGAGGCAUUCAAACAACGUGUGUCCUUUGGCGUCAUACCAAGAUCACUCAAGUCACUCACCCUACAUCACUUUGAUCAAGUGGCACAGUUUGAAUCCCUCGACCAGUAUGAGUCACUGGAAUCAGUACAUCUAGUUGGCAAACAUACAAUGGGCUUCGUAGCGCCAAUCACAAACAAAUUGAGACAGGUACAUGUUGUUAGCACGACGGCCAACCCACUCGAAGCUAAACUGGCGAUUGUGGCCAUUAGGAAACUGGCAGCCAACAUACCCAAUGUUACAGAGUGCUACUGUUUCCAUCUAUAUUCAAAGACCAACCUGAUGGAGUCCAAGAGAAUGUUACAUCGCAGGAUAGAUAAUGGCAUUGGAUUGUACAUUUUCGAGAACACAAGCUCAGUCAUCACACCUCGAGUAGUCGAGUCCGUACACAUAUUAAAGGAGAAAUGA